CUUAGAUCUCAAAUCACCACUCGCUCGAUCAAGACACAACCCACAAGGACCAUGGACUACCAACCAUGGCACAACGCCGCCUUCUUUUCCGGGUUCGAAUUCGCAAUCCCCCUAGACCCCAAGGGCGGAACCCAAGAUUCCAAGAAACCAGGCAAACAAGACCUCAAAAAAGGGAAACAGAACACCCAGCCGGAGGCAGAAAGCAGCCAACCCCAACCUCCCACGGGCAAGGGAAACCAAGCCCCGAAACAGAAACGCAAAGCCAAACCCCCGAAACCCGCCCAAGAAACCUGGGAGAUCCAAACCGUCCUCUCCAUCCGCACGCAGCCGACCGCAAUCCCAGCAACCGACCCCCCAGUCUUCACGGCAAUCACCUCCCUCGUCGCCCGCGUGAAGCAACUCACCGGGCCCAUCCGCGGCCGCGAAGCCAUCCUGAAGAUGAGACUGCACCCCGUGCCCCUACCCCAAGCGUCUUCCACAGCUUCAGCUUCAGCUACCCAGACCCAGACCCAGACCCAACCCCAAACCUCCCCAAUCUCAGCGCACGAAAAAGAAAACCAAGUCCUAACCCACCUCCCCACGGCCAGAAUCUACGCGCCCUACCUCAUCACCACCCACCGCAGCGCCUUCACUGCCCUCGCCGCGAACCCACGCGACACACGGUUCAGCGCCGCAGCAAUGGCGACAGCCGUAUCCGCCGAGGACAGCUUUGCCACAAUCCUCCUCCUGGCCAUGCCGGUGGGAACAGACUGCCGGAAUCUCCCGAUGUGGGGGGGCGGUAGCGAGCGUGCGGCGCUGCGGACGGCGUUCCGCGAGACGUACCUGGCGCUGUGCGCGGCGGGGGUGUUGCAUACGCGUCCGGGGCCGGAGCAUGUCAUUUGGGAUCGGGAGCAUCGGAAGUGUUAUAUUGUGGGGUUGGGGAAUGCGGUGCUGGGCGAGAGGGAUCGUGUUGUGCCGGUGGGGUUGUGGAAUCGGGUGUUGGGGGUUUGGGGGUUGGAGGAGGGUCUUGAGCGUGAGACUGAGGAGGGGGAGGAGGAAGACGGGGAGGAGUGAGGAGUGAGGAGUGAGGAGUGAGGAGUGAGGAGUGGAAGGAUCUCCGGAUGUGGAUCGUAUUGAUUGACUUGUGUGUGCAGUUUGCAAGACGGACGAUGCUUCUUUGGACUCAAGUCGUUGGGCUUGGUCGAAUCGAUUUCCUAUCGGAAUUUGACAGGUUAAUGUGUACGUACUGUUUUGCUUUAUCCUGGUGUACAGUAUGCCAUACAUCUCAUUGCAAUCAAGAAC